AUGCUGGAAUGGGCAGCCAAGCAAGUCCAGUCGGGAGCGGCAGAUCGAGAACCGGGUUUCAAGGGACUGGCGCAGAACGUCGAUUAUAUGGAUGUGGUGACGGAUAUGUACUUCAACCGUUGGCUCACCUUCAAACUUGGCUGGGGCCACGGUUGCACAAAAGGCAACAAGUACAUCGCAGCAUUGUCGAAUCAACGGCCAGGCAAGAAAGAUUCCGAGGCCGUAAUUAUCCGUCGCAUUGUCUGGAUCGGGUACGGGCCCGACAGAUUCCGCAAGUUGGACGAGGAGAUGUUCGACACCUUGCAGGCCGAGGGGUUCAAGGACAUCAUGUUCGCCUCGCUGGAUCCAUCUGGAGCGGAGGGAGUUGACUCGCCAAUAGCCAGAGGGAAGGAGCGCCUGAAUAUCUUGCGUAAAACCGAGACGACUUAUAGUGAAGACUGCGGCUUAGAGAAGGUCGACAACAAGACCAAGGCGCAGUGCCUCGCCCAGAUGGUUUUGUAUAUUGGCUCCCUACGUCAGAAGAGGGCGAUCAACGGAUUUCAAGAGUACCUCGUAGUGGCACAGUAA